AUGUCGUCCGCUGCCCGUCGAUCUGUUAUUUUGCCGAUGCUUCGACAAGCUCGCCCGUUUUCGUCAUCCACGGCUCUUCGCCAGGCCGUCGUUGGUGUUGAGCGUGUUCCGGCCGGAACUGUAGGCACGAUACCCGUCAGGCGACCAGUUGGAGGAUUCCGUGGAGGGCUUCUCGGUUUUUUCUUGGGAUUCUCUAUCGCCUCGGCAUAUGCGUCCUACUAUCUGCUCCAGGAAUACAAGUUUGCUAGUUCGCUGCUCCAAUCUAGCGUAGAGGAGUUGCAGGAAAGCACGGCCAAGAUGACAAACCAUCUGCAACGAAUCCAAGCCGUGGAGAAGGAGGUCGCCCGAUUGAACGGCGCUACGGCCGUCAAGGAGGAAGUUACCAAGCUGAGGAGCGAGAUGAAGAAGCUCUACGAUGGCGUCCACGUCGAGAACCUCGACUUGCGAGCUCACGUUUGGGGCAUCGAGCAGGACCUGCAGAGGUCGGCUAAGAACGAUGUAUUGAAAAUCUAG